CCGGCGCUGACUGGAGCUGCUUCCGGUCCUCCGGCUGGUUGUUACGGUAACUGCGGGAACGCUGAGGGCUCCAUUGCACGGGGAGCCAUAGCUCGCUGCUGCUGAGUUUUGGGAGGCGGCCUGCCGCCGUUGUGCCUCAGAACUAGACAGAACUUGACAAUGUUAACAUGGCAGUAUACUUUGAUCAUCGUAUUGAGGCAUCAGGUACUGUGGGCUCUCCGUCCGAGAUUUCUUGGCAUAACAUCCAUCCUUUGCUGGCAGUGACCUCUGUCAGUACCAGCAGCAGUCCAGUAGGCAGCGUGGAUGUAUAUCUCGAGCAGGGAGAACACAUUCCCAACGCACACGUCGAACGUCCUUUCCAGCCAUCACUCAUUAGUUGGCAUCCUUCCAAGAGGAUCUUGGCAGCUGGUUGGCAAACUGGAGUGGUGACAUUUUGGGCUGAUCAUGGUUGGGAAGAACACCAGAUAACAGGCAGCAUACACCGGACUGAGAUCACCAUCUUAGAAUGGAGCAGCAAUGGCACGCGGCUGGUCUCUGCUGAUAAGGCUGGAGUGCUGAUCAUUUGGAGAGUGGAUCAGCAUGGGCAUGUGCAAGGACCACCACUCACUAAGCAGGAUUAUGGCAAGCACCUGGUUCACUGCAUCUUCAAACCUCCAGCCCCAGGAGAGGAUCUGGUGCAGUUGGCAAAAGCAGCUGUGAGUGGAGAUGAGAAUGCUUUGGACAUGUUUAACUGGAGGAAGGUUGGAAAGGGAGAUGCACCAUUUAAAAUUGGACUUCAAGAAGGAAUCGUGUGCUUUGUCACCUCUACAGAUGGAAUCGUGUACUACGUUGGUGAGAAAGGGAAGAGUCUGCAAGUCCUCCACACUGACGGGCCGAUCAGGAAGCUCAUGUACAUGGAGGAAAAGGAAAUCCUCAUGAUAGUGACUGAGGCGCUCUUCCUGUCUCAGCACCGCAUUGGUCUAGAUGGAGCAAGUCAAGAGCUUUUGAAGGUCAAGUUGAGUGGAAAGACAGAUCGAGCCUCUGAUAUUAUCUGGGCAGAGAGAGACCUUCUCAUCACCACAGCUGGAGAGACAGUUAUUAGACUCUGGGAUCUGGGUAGAGAUGAGAAUUAUGUGUUGACACUAGAUGAGCACCUGGGAUUUAGCACUGGAGAAAGCAUCAAUUGUAUCUCCUACUGUAAAAAUAAAGGUAUCCUAGUGGCUGGCACCUCCAAAGGGCAAGUUGCUAUGUGGCGAAAGACUCUGGUCAGCAGUGUGAGAGGUCACCGCGCGCAGGGGAAGGACCAAUGGAAACUACAAGCUCCAAUAGAUCUUGAAGGAAAUAUAAUACAGCUCAAGUGGGGCUCCAGUAAGAACCUGCUGUGUGUGAUCAGUGCUGGCACAGUCCUCAUCCUCAGUGAGCAGGUGAUGUCUGCUCACUUCAAUCAGCAAGUGACGGCAAUACAGGUGGCUCCGAACCAGCUCAGCCUCAGCUUCCCAUCGGGAAACGAGCAGAUGCUGCGAACAGACAUUCACGUCAAAGGGGUUUAUGUCACCAAGGAGAUGGUAGUGGUGUGGAAUGGCAAACACAUUAGUGUUUUUGGACCAUCACUGAAAAAUGCAGGUUCAUUUCCUUGUGAUUCCCGUGUUGUGGCUGUCCACGAGGAGAGCAUUUACACCGUGGAGCCAAACCGUGUGCAAGUUCGUACUCUGCAGGGUACAGUUAAGCAGCUGCUUGUGUUCAGUGAGACAGAGGGAAACCCAUGUCAUCUUCAGACCUGUGGGAACUUCCUGGUUGUGGGGACAGACAAUGCUCAUGUAAAGGUCUUCGAUCUCUCCCGCAGGGAAGCAAAGCCUCACAGCAACACUAAGAACCUGGCUGAGCACAUCCCUAAUCUGGGGAGCAUCACAUCGGUGCAGUGCAGUUCCAAUGGGAAUAAUAUCAGCAUUCUCUUCACAAAGGCAAACGGCUGCCCAAGUUCCAGGGUCUUUUUUUAUGACGUGGAGACUGAUACAGUAAACUUCUUUGACUUUGAAACUGGCAAGUCAAGCAAUGAAAACUGUUCCAUGCCUCGUUUGGAAGAGGGUGAUAUAGAAACAGGACUUUCUGAGAUGCACAAGCUGAUGGGUCGCUAUCCAACCAGUCACUUCUGGGACCAGAAUGAACCCAAACUGUUUGUGUGUGAGGCAUCUUUGGCUGCUUCAGCAACAAGGCAGUCAAAUGUUACUGCCAGCAUGGAGACCAGUUCCACAGAGUGCACGGUGGAUGUCAUGGUGAUAUCAUUCUUCAGCACACAGGAGCAUGGCCUCCUGCUGCAGGACAUUUUUCCCAAGAUGGAAUCCCAUGAGGCCUUGCUGGGCCUGGAGGUCCCUUAUUAUUAUUUCUCCAAAAAGUCAGGUGUGACUGAGAAUGAACCAGCAUCGACGCCCGGCUCUCCAAUUCCACGAAUGGUAGCGAGGCGGCCCUUGCGGGACUUUGUUGGGCUAGUGGAUUGUGACAAGACAACACGUGAUGCCAUGCUGAAUUUCAGCUUUUAUCUAACUACAGGGGAUAUGGAUGAGGCUUUCAAAUCAAUUAAACUCAUCAAGAGUGAGGCCGUGUGGGAGAACAUGGCCAGGAUGUGUGUGAAGACUCGGAGGCUGGAUGUGGCCAAGGUGUGCCUGGGGAACAUGGGCCACGCCCGGGGAGCCAGAGCCCUGCGGCAGGCCGCACAGCAACCAGAACUGGAUGCAAGAGUGGCCAUGCUGGCUGUGCAGCUGGGAAUGUUGGAAGAUGCUGAGAGACUUUACAAAAACUGCAAACGCUUUGACCUGCUUACCAAGUUUUACCAGGCCUCGGGACAGUGGCAGAAAGCCAUUGAAAAUGCUGAAGCCUUUGACAGGGUCCAUCUGAGAACGACCUAUUACAAUUAUGCCAAGCACUUGGAAGCUAUGGGGGAUCAACACCUUGCACUCAUCCAUUAUGAAAAGUCAGACACUCAUCGAUUUGAAGUUCCAAGGAUGCUUUUAGAAGAUCUGCAAGCACUUGAAAUAUAUGUCGACAAAACAAAGGACAGAAGCUUGUGGAAGUGGUGGGCCCAGUAUUUGGAAAGUCAAGCAGACAUGGAUUCUGCUUUGACAUACUACGAGAAGGCACAGGACUAUCUCUCCCUUGUUCGUGUUCAUUGUUAUCUUGGUAAUAUACAGAAGGCUUCUGAAAUUGCCAAUGAGACAGGAAACCAUGCAGCUUCCUAUCACCUGGCUCGCCAGUAUGAGGCUCGGGAUGACAUUAAACAGGCCAUUCACUUCUACACUCGAGCGCAGGCGUACAACAAUGCAAUCCGUCUCUGCAAGGACAGUGGGCUUGAUGAUCAGCUGAUGAACCUGUCUCUGCUGAGUUCCCCAGAGGACAUGAUGGAGGCAGCACGUUACUAUGAAGAGAAGGGUCUCCAGAUGGAUCGCGCUGUGAUGCUGUAUCAUAAGAGUGGGCACUUUUCCAAAGCAGUUGAAUUGGCCUUUGCUACACAGCAGUUCAGUGCCUUGCAGCUGAUUGCUGAGGACCUGGAUGAGAACUCAGAUCCUGCCCUUCUCUCCCGCUGUUCUGAUUUCUUCACUGAGCACGAGCAGUUCGAAAAGGCAGUGCAGUUGUUGGUAACUGCAAAGAAGUACCAUGAGGCUCUGCAGCUCUGCCUGGAACAGAAUCUGACCAUCACCGAGGACCUGGCAGAGAAAAUGACCGUGGCCAAGGACUCAAAGGAACUCUCGGAGGAGUUCCGGCGUGAGCUGCUCGAGCGGAUCGCUGACUGCUGCCUGCGACAGGGAAACUACCACCUCGCCACCAAGAAGUACACACAGGCUGGCAACAAGAUCAAGGCAAUGAGAGCUCUGCUGAAAUCGGGAGACACGGAGAAGAUAGUCUUCUUCACUGGAGUCUCUCGUCAGAAGGAGAUUUACAUAAUGGCAGCAAAUUACCUCCAAUCAUUAGACUGGCGGAAAGAUCCGGAAAUCAUGAAGAAUAUCAUCAGCUUCUAUACGAAGGGGCGGGCCCUGGAUCUGCUGGCUGGGUUUUACGAUGCCUGUGCACAGGUUGAGAUUGAUGAAUAUCAGAACUACGAGAAGGCACUGGGUGCUCUCACCGAGGCCUACAAAUGUCUGUCCAAAGCCAAAAUGCAAAAUCAAGGUGAACAGGAGGAACGGCUGAGGGAACUGCAGAGCAAGCUGACAACAGUGAAGAAAUUUGUUCAGAUCAGGAGGCUUUACGAAGAGGAUCCGAAGGAAGGUUUAAAGCAGUGUGAGGUCCUGUUGCGAGAGCCUGAGUUGGAGCACGCCGUCCGUGCCGGUGACGUCUAUGCGCUUCUGGUGGAACAUCACGCACGGCAGGGCAACUUUGAAGUGGCCUACAGGUACAUGGAAGAGAUGGCUGCAAAAUUAUCCUCUGGUAAUGUGACCUUUUACAUCAAACAACAAAUUGCUGAAGCCAUUUACAAGGCAGUGGGUGUGUCACAGCAGGACGGCAGCGUGCAGAGAGUCCGCCGGAACAGUGCAGAAGAUGGAGGCGAAGUCGAAGAGGAGGUAGCGGAGGAGCCGUACGAUGAUCCUGAGCAAUGACCUGCAAAUUGUACAGAUCCGCAUUCCAACACCGUUCAGCACAUCCUGUAUAAAGCACUGACCUCUUCCAUCCUCCCAUCAUUUAUGACCAUCUACCCACUGAGGCUGCUCUCCCCAGCCCCCUUGUUCUGCGCUGCACGUCACCCUCGCAGGUUUCUGCGACUUUGCAUUGUCAGCCCUCGUUGCAGGAAGCUUGUUUCCGUGACCUUGGAACUUCAUCGGUUUGUUCACUGCGAGACUGCCAGGGGGUGAGGGAAUCUGUGUCAGACAGCACACUACAUCGGUUUGCCUGAGCUGGUUAUCAGACGGGGAAUAAUCAAAAUAAGGAACUGCCUGGACACGGCAAACAAGCAGAACCUUGCUCUACAUGGCAGCCUGCUGGCCACACGUGGAGACCACAAACUCCAGAUAACGUGGGAGCUCCAUGGGAUCUGCUGUUUGGGCAGAAAAUAUUAAUCUUCAACUCUGUUCCUUUCAGAUUUAUUAUAUAUGUGUAGUUUGUGCUGAAAUAGGUGGAAGCGGAUUAACGUUAUUAAUAUUUAAUAUUUGAAUAUGUAACCUUAUUUGUACCACACUUUGUACACUGAUGUGGUUAAUAAGCAUUCCCUUGUGAAAUAUUUUUUCACUUUUCAUAAACGAUAAAUACUU